AUGAGGCGGGGAGCGCACGCUCCGUCCGGGGGGGGGGAGGAGGCAGAGGCGGAGGCGGGCGAGGAAGAGGGAGAGGGGGCGAGCGAGUCGAGCCGCGACGAGCGUCUCCUCGCCACCGUCCUCGGCCUCGCCGGAGCAGGCUACCUCUCCAAGGCCUGCGCCCGCUUCUCGACCAACCCCGUCGCCGAGACGGGCGUGUACGAUGACACGCAGCCCGGCGGCGGCCUGACAGCGGACCAGGCGCUGGUUCGAGACACGCUUCGCGACCUCCACCCGCAGUCCACCGCGGUCUCGGAUGACGACAUGCGGCCUGCCCAGGGCGCCGGCGGCGCCGUCACACGCUACUCGACCUCCAGCAAGGAGUACCGGGACGCAUUCUGGGAGGUGUUCCACUCGGUGCCCAAGGCGCGGGCCAUGUCCGUCGACGGCGUGAGCUAUGAGGAGUUAGAGUUCCUGUACUACGGCGGGGCGGACACGAGGGAAGUGCUCUUCGACAUCGUCGCCUCCAUCAACCGCGGCGAGGUGCACGAGUCGGCCACAAAGAUUUGGGGCGACCUCAACCUCCUCGGCAUCGAGAAGAGAGACGACGACGGCAACCUCACCGGCACCCGUCCCAUCGGCAUUCCCGCCGCGAUCCGCCGCCUCGCCAACCGCGUGCUCAUGAAGCAUCGCAGCGCCGACAUGUGCGACCUCUUCACCGGCGGCACGCCUGACAUGAGACGCACGGUCCGCGACGGCAUGCGCGAGAUCUGCCUCCGCCCCACCGAAGACGGCGGGCUCGGCAUGUCGGCGGAGGAGGCGGAGGCGCGCGUCAAGGCGUGCAACAUCCCCCUGCAGGUCGGCGUGGGACUCGCUGGCGGAGCCGAGGUGGCGAUUCAGCUGCUGCAGGAGCAUCUGCGGCGCAACCCCGGCCACGCGAUCGCCUCGGACGACAAGCGCAACGGCUUCAACUGCAUCUCUCGCAAGGCCAUCUUUGCGGGCCUGCGGCGGUGGUUCCCGGAGCUCAUCCCGACCGUCGCGCUGUGGUAUAGCGAGCAGCGCCGCCUCUUUCUCUUCAACGCAGAGGCGCGGUGCAGCUCGGGCGACACCUUCAUGUCGACCGAGGGCUGCGCGCAGGGCGAUCCUCUCGGGCCCUUCCUCUUCGCCGUCGGCUAUCAUUGGACCCUGCUCGAGAUGCAGACGAUGCUCGAGGGCGACGACCUUGCUCAACUCUGGAGUGGCGUCGAGAGCAACAAGUCCAAGCGGUGCAUGUGGGCCCCCGACCCGCGCUCGCUCGACGCGGUGCGCGACCACACGGAUGUCAAGGGCACGCCGGACUCCGCAGACGGCGUCCUUCGCGGUAUUCGCGUGCUCGGGGCGUACCUCGGGGACAAGGCGUGGUGCCGUGACAAACUCGUCAAGCGCGUCCGCAAGGCGCUGGAGCCGCUCUCGGGCAUCAUGGCGCUGCGCGACACCAAAACGAUCCACACCGCGCAGCAGCUCGCCCAGGUGCUCCUCCGCUUCUGCAGCAACACCACGCUCACCUUCUUCCUUCGCACUAUGCCGCCGUCGGUGACCCAGGACGCCGCGCGCGAGCACGACCGCCUGAUGGAGGAGGCGCUCUACACCCUCGUGGGUGGCGCGCGGGUCGGACGCAACAGCCCACGGUGGCGGGUCGCUGUUCAGCAGGCCCGACUUCCGGUCAGGAUGGGCGGUAUGGGCCUGACCAGUGCCAUGGACAUCCGUGAGGCGGCGUGGGUCGGCACGUGGGCCCUCGUCACGCGGCCGAUACGUGAGCUGCACGAGCCAUUCCGCGACCUCGACGUGGCCCUCGCGCCGGGAGAGCGCUUCGACGAGCUUCGGGAGGCUCACAAACGCCUCCGCGCCCUUCGCGACGAGGUCGGCAAGACGUGGCGCGAGUGGGACGGGCGCACGCUAUACCAAGACGUCGUCGGGCCCUUCAAGGAGACCAAGGCGGUGGGACGGCGCCGCUACCACCCGCCCAAGCUUACGCCGGCGGCGGAGCUGCUGCCUCUUCCGGAGUUCUCGUCUACCAGCGAGUUCUUACAGCAGGCGCAGCGGCG